AUUUAGUAUUCUGUUUCUGUAGACCUAAAAUGACGCCGUAUUAACGCCUCGAUUAAAGUUAUCUUAUGGUUGUGGAUAUAUCCUGAAAAAAAUUGUGAGAUCUGGGGAAGAGUUGGAGGAGGUUAUGGAGGAUAUUGAGUUAUUGCGAUUGGAAAAAAGAAGGCGGAAGGCUAAGCUAAAGUUCUUCGGUUUGGAUGUUCCGAACCAUCCCGAUUUCAAUAAAGAAGGGCUGGCCGAUGGUUUUGAUGUGAAUAACUCUUGUUAUCCGUCUAUGCUAGUUAAGUCUACAUGGGGCGAUGAUUAUGAUAUCGCUCUUUAUGGUAGGCUUGGACUUCACUGCCACAAUUUUCAGAAGGGAACAAACUUCAAGUUUGUGCGCUGGGAAAAGUAUGAGGUUAUCUCUACUGCAUACGACUACGUCUAUGUAACUUUGGACGCCAAGGAUCCUGUCUCUGACUCGGUCUUCUCUUUUCAGACCUUGUUAAACGAAGAUUCUUCUCCAGACCGUCCCGUUAUGUGGACUACCUUAGCCUGCAGAAUCAAAUGUGAAAAUGCUGCGGAUGCACGUUGGGACGAUAAAGCAGUAGAUGAUUUCUACAAAGAGGCAAUACCCAAAUGGUCGUCUCAUGAAGAAUUGGCUCGUGGCAAGAAAAACUAUUAUGUGGUGCAAGAAUCAGAGUUGCAGGAGAAUGAUUGGCUGUAUCUAUUCACCGAAAUUGCGUUCUACACAAAAACAAAUAAGGUGUUAACUGCUCCCCCACCCUUGGAGAUAGAGAAGGUGGUUGUAGUAACUAAAGAAAACACAGAAGAAGGCCAUGAGAAGCUGAAAGCCCAUAAUGCAAUCUUCUACGUAAGUUACAAGUAUAAUGGUGAAUCUUCAGAAUGGGCGGGUGAUCACAACGCGGUAAUAAGGAAAACCAUGGAUGGGAAGCCAGGACAUAUGUAUAUUGAAGUUGCAGCAACAGCAGAUUAAGCUGAAGAAUAAGAACAAUAGACAACUGCGGAUCUGCUCGUUUAUAGUUUCUAAGGCUAUUUACUAAUUCUGUCAUGAUAUGUUAUAUGUUUUAUGUCGUGUUUGUCUAAAACUAUUUAAACUAGAACGAGUUGGAUCUAUUAUCAUCGUUAAGGAGAGAUUUCUGUUUGUAAUGCCAUAAUUAGUAUGAGAACGAAUGGUUCGUCGA